AUGCGUUUCGAACUCUUCGCUCUUCCGGUGCUGGCUGCUAUCGCAGAGGCCGCUGCCAUCUCCAGCAAGCCCAGCAGUGUUUGCACAACCUGCCCCGUCACCAUCCAAAACACAGACUCCGCCAUUGCAUCAAUCCUCUCUCAAAUGGCUGCUCAAAGCCCCAAAGCCGUCUUGACCACCACCUCAAUCACCGGCUCUCCUGUCGCUGCCACCGCAGUCGCUAAAAUGAGCACUACAGCUCCUACCUCUGCAAAGCCUACUGCUGCGUCAACGACCUCGAAGGCCAAGACUAGCACCAGCAGUAAGAAGCGUCAACGCCGUGCAGCUACUACUUCGUCCUCUGUUGCUGCUGCCACAACGAGUGCGGCAGCUUGCUCGUCCAUGCCAAACUUUGGCUACACAUACACACCCUCCAAUGCCGCACCCUCUGCUUUCCUCAAGGACUCCACUCUACGCUCGCAAUACAUGUCUGCCACCGUGCCCUCCAACUACGUCUGGCGCUUUGCCGGUUUCUACGCUUCGGUCUCUCAAGCAGGAUAUAUGUUUUAUACCGAGUUGUCUUCUUACUCGCCUACCCAAUGUGCAGCUAUUUGCGAUGCAAACACUGCAUGCAAGGGCUUCAACAUUUACUUUGAACGAGUGCCGAAAUUGACACCUGGAGAUGGAUGCACGAACCCUGCUCCCCAGGUGGAUGUCAAGUGUGCUUUUUACAGCACAGCGGUGUCGGAGGCCAAUGCUGUUAAUGUGGGCAGCUGGAGGAGUUCGUUUAAUGUGGUUAUUACUGGCGCGAAUGGAUACACCAAGAUGUAA